AUGGAUCGCGGACGGCGGACGGGAGUGCUGUGCCUGUCGCUGGCGCUGCUGGCGCUGGGAGUACUGUCGCAGGAGGCCAUACCAGAGGGGUGUGAGUGCCAGGACACACAGCCGCCAGGGGAGUUCUCGUGUGGAGAUCAGGUGCAGUUUGGCAAGUGCGAUGAACAAUGGCUGAAAGAUGGCAAGUUCUGCGAGUUUUCGUGCGGUGUAUGCAAAUGCGGGGGCGGGUCGGAGGGCUCGUCUGAAGGCUGCGAAGAGUGCCCCAACGAAGCCCCAUCCCCCGAUUUCACGUGUGAGGAGCAGGUAAAGAACGGGGCCUGCGGUCAGUCGUGGAUGGAGGGUUUCUGCAGGCUGUCAUGUGGGGAAUGCACAUGCCCGGAGUCCAGCGCCACGAACAAAACGGGGGGGGCAUCCGGCACUCCCGAAGGGGAGACAAACUUUUUCGGUGCCGACGAGAAGGCAAAAAAUGGCACUGAAGAAGCAGAUGAAGGAACCCCUGCCGCUGGCGGCGCAGGCGGAGCUGCCAACACAACCGGUUCUGGCGAAAACAGCACGGCGGCGGCUGGCGAAGGGCCUUCUGCAGACACGCCGCGGCCUAGCAGCAAGCCCGCGGGCAGCACGUGCUUCACGAUACUGGACACCGUGGAGAGCAACUCGGACCUUUCCCAGCUCGCGGGGUUGCUGGAAAAGGCGGAGUUCAUUCCCGUCGUCGAUGACGUGACCUUCGAAGCGACCUUCUUUGCCCCCACCAACGACGCAAUCGAGGCUUUCAGCAAGUCCCUCGGGAAGCGCGCUGACGACCUUCUGGAAAACCCCGAGUUCCUGACGAAAGUAUUGAACUACCACGUGAGCAAGCCAGCCCUGUUUGAAGAAGAAAUGGCCGAUGGCGACGCUCUGACAACCAUGGCAGGAAAGGCGGGCAGCGAAUUGGAACUGGCGGUCGUCGAGUCCCAGGACGACGACUUCCUGGUGAGCAUCAAGGCGUCCGACGGCACGGUCGCCAAUUUCGUCGAGACGGACAUCGUGGCCUGCGAGUCCAUCGUCCACGUCAUCGACGCCGUGCUCGUGUCGGAGGAGGCCACAACGGCCGCGCAGGCAGAUCCGGCAAAACCCGGGACGCGCAAGGGGCCCAAGUCAAGGAAGGCAGCGGCAGGGACGGCGCCGGAAGGGCAGGCAGCCGGUGCCGGGGACUGCAAGACCGUGCUCGACGUCGUGAAGGACCACCCCGACCUGACGUCGCUCGCGGGCGCGGUGCAGAGCGGGGGAGUCGUAGACGUGUUCAGCGACGCGGGCCUUGAGGCGACGGUCUUCGCGCCCUCCUCGGAGGCCUUCGAGGUGUUUGGAAAGAGCGUUGGAUCAGAUAUUGACGAGCUGCUUGGGGACCCUGACUUCCUCAAACAGCUGCUGGCCUAUCACAUAACACUGUCUCCAUUGCUUGCAGACGAAAUUUCGCCAGGGGACUCCAUUCCCACCACAACGGCCACGCCUUCUGGACUGGUGGCUGCUGAUGCCUCCUUGAAGGCCGUCAAGUCUAAAAAGGGCGCAGGAAUUGCAAUCAAGGGAUUCAGAAACAAAGGGACAGUGGUGGAGGCAGACUUGCAGGCCUGCGACUCAGUUGUGCACGUGAUCGACAGAGUCCUGCUGUCCAAGGAUCUCUUUUCGCUGGUUAACGCCAAAGGGAAAGGCGGAAGCUCACAAGGGGCGACAGACUCCUCGCCAGAUGGCGCAGCAGGUGCUUCAGGGGACGCUGCGGACGCAACAGAAGAUGAAUUGACAGAAACAUUGGCGGAAGUGGCCUCGGCACCAGAGGCAUCGGACUCUGAGGACGAACCUGCUGAGGAUGAGCCCAAAAAGAAGAAGAAGAAGAAGGGCAAGAAGUCCAAGGGCCAGAAUGCGGACGGCGAGGUGGUCGUUGUGAACACCGUGGAAUUCACAAACUCCACCGCCCUGCCAGACGGGAUGCUCACGGACCUGAUCCAGGUGGUGGAAGAGGAGAUUGCGAAGCUGCCUGACGAAAGCACGAUCGACACUGAGCCAGGGUGCACGACGAUUGUGAGGGCGGUGGAGAUGCGGCCGGAGCUGUCCGUGUUGAAGGAUGCUUUCGACAAGGGGGGCUUCUUUAGGGUCGUGAGCAACUCGAACCUGUCGGCCACAUUCCUUGCCCCGACGAACGAGGCGUUCAAGACCUUUAUAGAGUCUCUGGGGCCCCGCGCCACGGACCUGAUGACCGACCCGACGUUUCUUUCGAAGUUGUUGGCGUACCACGUGGCAAUCCCUGCGCAUCGCAGGGGGGAGCUGAAGCCUGGGGACAAGAUCAGCACACUGGCGUCAUUGCAGGAGGACGGCGCCUCUCUGACGGUCAUCAAGUCGAACGUGGGGGACGAACAGAUCGCCUUCGCGGACGCGGUGGGCGUGUCCCAGCUGGUGGAGCAGGACAUAGAGGCGUGCAACUGCAUUGUGCACAUCAUCGACAAGGUGCUCGUCUCGGGGGAAGUUGCCGAAGUAAUAGGCUGA